UCUUCAUUACGUACAGUCUUUCUUGACACUAAUAAAAGAUUAUUCAGUCGUAUUCCACUUUUGUUAUUGGAAAUGUAGUGUUUAACUAUUAUUAUUAUUGAAAAUGACAAUAUCAAUGGAUAUCUGUUGUAAUGAUUCGUUUAAAGAAUUUAUGGAAUAAGUGCUGCUGGCGAGUAGGCGAGAUGCACACAGCCAGUACCGAGGGACAGUAUCGUGGUGCCAACGGAGCAGCCAACGGCAGAGACAAAGUCGCUAUAUUAGAUGCCGGCUCACAAUAUGGAAAGGUGAUAGAUAGAAGGAUCCGCGAGUUGUGCGUGGAAUCUGAGAUCCUUCCGCUGGACACUCCCGCGUAUCAUCUCAAGGAGGCUGGAUACCGAGCGAUCGUCAUCUCAGGUGGACCGAACUCCGUGUACGCUGAAGACGCCCCCAGAUAUGAUGCUGAUAUAUUUAAGAUCGGUCUGCCAGUGUUAGGCAUAUGUUAUGGCAUGCAAAUGCUGAACAAGGAGUUUGGUGGUUCCGUACUGAGGAAGGAGGCUCGCGAGGACGGCCAGUAUGAGGUGGAAGUUGAAACCACGUGCCCGUUGUUCAACCGCCUGGAAAAGCUGCAGCCAGUACUGCUGACCCACGGGGAUAGCGUGCAGAAGGUCGGCGAACGGUUCCGGGUGGGGGCGCAGUCGUCGAACCAUCUCAUAGCGGCCAUUUACAAUGAGCAGAUGAGGUUGUAUGGGGUACAAUUCCAUCCGGAGGUGGACCUAACGCCCAAAGGCAAGCAGAUGCUGUCAAACUUCUUAUUCGACAUCGCGGGUCUGUCUCGGACCUUCACACUGCGCUCACGCCGCGAAGCCUGCGUACAGUACAUACGAGAGACGGUCGGGGAUAAUAAAGUUCUGGUCCUUGUCAGCGGUGGAGUCGACUCCACAGUUUGCGCCGCCUUAUUAAGAACAGCACUGCGCGAAGAUCAAGUCAUCGCUUUACACAUCGACAAUGGUUUCAUGCGUAAAAACGAGAGCGCUAAAGUUGAGAGAUGUCUUCGGGAGCUGGGGGUUAAGGUCCAUGUUAUCAACGCGUCCCAUCAGUUCCGUCAAGGCAGCACGGUAGUCCGCGAGGCGGGAGGUCGCACCCGUCACACUCCGCUGCUGUGUCACGCCACGGCUCCCGAGGACAAGAGGCGCAUCAUAGGAGACGUGUUCGUCAGGGUCGCCGAGCACGCCGUCAGGGACCUGCUGCAGCUGCAAGAGGAGCAAGUGCUGCUGGGUCAGGGAACUCUCCGACCGGACCUCAUAGAGUCGGCGUCGGCGCUGGCGUCCGGAGCCGCGGCCGCCAUCAAGACGCACCACAACGACACCGAGAUGGUGCGCGCGCUGCGGCAGAGGGGGAGAGUCGUGGAGCCGCUCAGGGACUUCCACAAGGACGAGGUCCGUCAGCUCGGUACGGAGCUGGGUCUGCCGGCGGUGCUGGUGGAGCGACACCCCUUCCCCGGCCCGGGGCUGGCUGUGAGAGUUCUGUGCCAGGACGAGCCUUACGCGGACAGAGACUUCGCCGAGACACAGGUGAUAGUUAAGAUAAUGGUUGAAUACGCGUCCAUGUGUGUGAAGUCUCACGCGUUGCUGGGUAGAGUCUCCAACGCCACCACCCCGGCCGAGCAGAGCGAGCUGAGGCGCAUCUCGUCCGCGGGAGCCCUCGCCGCUACGCUGCUGCCCCUGAGAUCGGUCGGGGUCCAAGGGGAUCACAGAACGUAUAGCUAUGCGGUGGCGCUGUCCACGGAACGCUAUCCGCCCGACUGGAAGGAUAUGAACUACCUCGCCAAGAUCAUACCACGAGUGUGCCACAACGUGAACAGGGUUUGUUAUGCUUUCGGCGGUCUGAUCAAGGAGCAGGUGACGGACAUCACGCCAACUUUUCUUUCUCAACAAGUCAUUUCCACCAUACGGCAGGCGGACGAUCUCGCUACACAGGUGUUGAUGUCCAGCGGUCUGGGUGGCCUAAUCUCCCAGAUGCCCGUGGUUCUCGUUCCGGUCCACUUCGAUCGUGACGCAGGGCUUCGGGCGCCGUCCUGCCAGCGCUCGCUGGUGCUGCGCCCCUUCAUCACCAACGACUUCAUGACGGGAGUGCCGGCUCUACCUGGCGAGCCCGCUAUGCCGCAGGAUGUGGUGGACAGAAUGCGCAAGGAGCUAAUGACAGUGCCGGGUAUAUCGCGUGUGUUGUACGACCUGACUGCCAAGCCGCCGGCCACCACCGAGUGGGAAUGAUCACCCAUCAUGUACGCGGCAGUGGUCGACUACACACCACUAUGCACCAUCCCAGGAACGCCUUCUAACCCUGUGUAAACAGUUAGUCUAUAUUUCAUUUGUACAGAUAAAUGUUCUAAAAUUAUAGCGGUCGCAGUCCGAAUUAUAUAUGGAUACAUGGCAUAGAUAUGUGGAUAUUUUUUGAAUUGUAAAUUUAACCGGCUUAGCUACUUGUGUGGUAUCAUUCAUGUUUUUGUAUGUGAGUUACAUAAUUUGAAUCGUUCAGUACCGGCUGCCAGAAGUCCCUUAUACGGUUGCAUCGUCUCGAUGGCUUCGUAAAGUAUCCCUGUUAUUUUUGAUCGUACUUUAUAUGAAGAUGUAAGCUGUAUAAGGGCUGUAAAUGCGAUUGUAAGUGUGUUGACACCGAGACUAGUUCGUACGAUGUUCAGUUUGGACCACUGCCUCUGAAGUUUUGUAAAUACAUUGGUAUCACCAGACAAGGUACAUGUUACUGUUAGCACCACUGAUCUGUUUUGUAACAUGUAGUAAAUAAUCAAAAGGCUGUGUAAAUUUUAAAGGCCAUUUAUUCCACCCCAUAGAGGUUACAAUUUCGCGUAACUUUGUGCCGUUUACGAUGACUUAUAGACGAGUUUUUAUUAGCUAAGUUUGUUGUUUUGGCAUAACAGUGAAAUUGUCCCCAUCUAUGACUAAUCGUAUUAAAUCAGACACUGUUUAUGGAAUGGUUCAGUGUUAUUGACUGGAAGUUUCGUAAUAAAAUUAUAUUAUGCUUUAUUUUUA